AGACGAUAUGAAAAUGAGGGGGCGUGUAUUUGUUUCACAUCUCACACAAACACGCGUGUUUGCAUCGAAUGAACAAGGCAUUUAUAUCAGAACCUUAUCAUUCAAUAAAUAAAUUACUUCAAAUAAUUAGUAAUUAGCGAUGGUGAUAAGCAUCGAGCAUGAUGUAUUUGGUGUGAUAAAAAGUGCAGAAGAAAGCAGAGAAAUCAUUCGUUUUAAGUUAACUAAUAAUGUAAUAGUUGUUCAUUUAAUAACGUAUGGAGCUUCUAUAAUAUCUCUGAAAAUCCCAGGAAAAGAUGGUGCAUUAGAAGAUAUCGUUUUAGGAUUUGACGAUUUAUCAUCUUACAUUACGCAUACACAUUACUUUGGCAGUACUAUAGGACGAUGCGCUAACCGAAUAGCUGGAGCGCGAUUCCAUUUGAAUAAGAAAGUUUUUAAUUUAGCCCCCAACAACGGAAAAAAUCAUUUACACGGGGGAAUGAAGGGUUUCGAUAAGGUCGUCUGGGAUUGGAAAAUCGACGGUAAUAGAGUUUCUUUUAAUUAUACAAGCCCAUCCAUGGAGGAAAAUUAUCCUGGUGAUUUGAAUUGCAAAGUAACUUAUGAAUUAACAGAAAAAAAUGAAUUGAUCAUUGAUUACGAGGCUACUACCAAUCAGGCAACACCUAUCAACUUGACCAAUCAUUCAUACUUUAACCUCGCUGGCCAUGGAUCCGGUACUGUUGAAGAUCAUGUUAUCAGCAUUAAUGCAGAUUCUUAUACGCCUGUCGAUGACAGCCUUAUUCCAACAGGAGAAAUAGCCGACGUUGAAUCAACCGAAUUUGAUCUGCGCCAACCAAAACUUCUAGGUCCUUUACUUCAAAAGAUCAAUGGCUUUGAUCAUAAUUUUUGCGUCAAUGGAUCCUCAAAUCAAGAAAGGGAAGUAGCACGUGUAUGUCACCCUCCGAGUGGACGAGUAAUGGAAGUAUUCAGUACUCAGCCUGGUGUGCAGUUUUACACCGGUAACUGUUUACCUGAAGAUGACUCAUUGAUUGGCAAACAAGGAAGAAUCUACAAGAAAUAUGGGGCCUUAUGUUUGGAGACACAAAAUUAUCCAAAUGCAAUAAAUCAGCCCAAUUUUCCGAAUUGUGUAUUGGAUACGAAUGAAUUAUACAGACAAACAACAAGGCUUUUAUUUACAACAAGUUGAAUAGAUUUGAAAUAAUUAUGUACCAAGUUUUGUGUAACAAAUAAGAAAAACACAAUGUAUGUUAUAAAAAUUUUAUUCACUGUUUCCUCUCACAGUGGAAGACAAAUUCAUUCGAUUUAUGUAACAAAUUUACAUAGCUAUUUACAAAUAUUGGUCAAAUAAACAUUCUGAAUAUCUGUAAAA